AUGCCCAACGCCUCUUCCUGGAGUGCCAGCUCGCCCCUGCUGCUGCUCUGGGAGGACUCCUCUGAGACUCGCAUCUUCCUCUCGCUGCUCUACGCGGUCUUAGCUAUCUCAGGGACUUUAUCUAAUGUGAUGGUCAUCUAUUUAGUCUUCUCCUUCAAGAAGCUGCAGACAACCAGCAAUGCCUUCAUCGUGAACGGCUGCGUGGCAGACCUAAGUGUGUGCGCCCUGUGGAUGCCCCAAGAGGCUGUGCUGGGGCUGCUGCCUCCCAACUCCUCCUCACUUCGCUCGGCGGAGUACCGGCUGCUCCGAGGGGGCCUCCUCGGCCUUGGCCUCACCGUCUCCCUGGCCUCCCACCUGCUGGUGGCCUUCAACAGGUACGUGCUCAUUACCAAGCUGCCCAGCGUGUACCAGGCCCUCUACCAGCGGAGGCACACGGGCU